AUGAUUAAGUUGCAAGUGAAAAUAAUUCUAUGGAUUUUUAUAAUUUCGGCAACGUUUUUAUGUGGCGCGCAAAUUGAAAACAUAAAUUCCAAUGAGCUGCUCGCCUUCGAGGACUUUUUGCGUGCCCAACACUUGAAGCAUGCGCUGCUGCUCGGACCCGAACCCGGACCUGGCCCCAACUGGUCCAGGCAAAUUGAAAACUAUAAGAGAUUGUUCGCCAACUACAGGAUGCAGUUUUUUACGCCCCAAAGGGGCGUGCAAUUUCAAGAAUUGUUUUACUACGAGGCGCCACGCACUGCGGUGCUUGUGGCUGCAUUCGAGGGCGAGCACGUUAAACGCUGGGUCUACGAGGCGGCCUCCGCGGGGGGUUACUUCAACAAUAGCCAGGCAUGGUUCAUGCUGGGCAAAUGUCAGGCAAAUCGGACAGAUGAGCAGAUCAUUAGGCUGCACUUGUCUGCUUAUAACAUAAGCAUCGAUGCGGACAUAACAGUUGCAAUGCGCGUACCACAGACGACCAGCAGGUUGCUGUACGAUGUCUACCGAGUGGGUCAGGAUACACCACUGCGCGUGGAGCCCAAGGGCCAGUGGAGUCCGGCCGCUGGCUAUAAGCUCUGGGAUAACUUUAGUGGAAGCUGGCUGCGACGUCGCAGCAACCUGGGCAACAUAACGCUGAUAGGCAGCACGGCGUUGAUCGAGAAGCCGGCUGGCAUGGAUGAUCUGAGCUAUUUGAGCAACAAUAAGGAUCUGCUCCAACUGGAUCCUAUGCAACGCAAGACAUUUCAGCUCUUUCUGCUCAUGGGGCGUAUGUAUAAUCUGAGCUUGGAAGUACGCUUUCGGGAAACUUGGGGGCAGCUGCUGCCAAAUGGCAGUUGGACAGGUGUAAUGGGCCACGUUACAAGCGGCGAGGUACACUUUGCUGUAUGCCCCAUUAGAUUUGUAACCGAAAGGCAUCGCUAUAUACAAUACACGCCUGCGCUCCAUACGCAACUGAUACACUUUUUGUUUCGCCAUCCCCGCCACAGCAGCAUACGCAACAUUUUCUUCGAGCCGCUGAGCACACAGGUUUGGUGGUGCGUCCUAGCGCUGGUGGUGGGCAGCGGUAUGUUGCUGCUGUUGCACGUACGCCAGGAGCUACGCCUGCAGCAGCAGCAGCAGCACCUAGCGCAGCCAGUGGAACGGCAAAUGUCAUUUGUUUGGUUCACCAUGCUGGAAACGUUCUUGCAGCAGGGACCGUCAACGGGUCAAUUUCAGCUGCCUUCGACCAAGAUUCUGAUCAGCGCAAGUUGCAUAUUCAGUUUCAUGCUUAUGCAGUUCUAUGGCGCCUUCAUUGUGGGCUCCUUGCUGUCGGAUACACCGCGCAGCAUUGUUAAUCUACAGGCGCUGUACGAGAGCACUCUGGAGAUCGGCAUGGAGGAUAUUGCCUACAACUAUGAGCUGUUUACCAACACUACCAAUCAGCUAGUGCGCAAUGUCUAUAGCAAGCGCAUCUGCCGCGAUCGCCAGCACAAUAUCCUGUCCAUUGAGGAGGGCGCCAAGCGCAUCAAGCAUGGCGGCUUUGCCUUUCACACGGCCAUCGAUCGCUUGUACCGGUUGCUCAAUGAGCUGCUGGACGAGCGCCUGUUCUGUGAGCUGCAGGAGAUCAUGUUCAGUCCGCCGUAUCUGGGCGCCUCAGUGCUGCCCAAAAGCUCGCCCUGGCGCGAACAUCUGAACCAUGCGGUGCUUUAUUUGGGCGAAACGGGUCUGAUUGGCUACAAUGACAAAAUGUGGACUGUGCCCAGGCCCGACUGCACGCUCUUCAAGGAUGCCGAGGUGGAAGUGGACCUCAAACACUUUGCGCCCGCACUCUUCACUUUGGUCCUGGCCAUGUUGGUCAGCUCGACGGUGUUUUUGCUGGAACUUCUGUUAGACUGGCUCAAGGCGCGCGCCAAGGCAACUGCUGGAUGGAGGGAAAAGGGUCAGUUUUUGAAUCUUUAA